CGGAUUUGGACCAUAACUAAAAAACGCCAGAAACUGACGAAGAAAAUCGAACACUUCGACUCCCAGACAGCGAAAAUUCUCGUCACCGUCUGCGUCAUAAGUUUAAUAAUCCACGGGCCUGGUAUUUUGUUCGAUACGGUCGCUUACUUCCUACCAAACUUCAUCUACAAGAAUAUGGGCUACGAGAUCUAUCAGAUCGUGGCAGAUUUCUCGGGAACACUUUCGGCGUCAAUCAACUUUAUCAUCUACAUGACGAUGUCUAGUAAAUACAAGCAAAGCUACAGAAAG